AUGAAAUAAUAGUAAUUGUAAAAAGACUUAGAAGCAUUUAAAAAACAGCUAAAAUAAGCACUUCCAACAAUAAUUAAUAGAGUGACAAAGGAUAUAGGAUAAAUACUUUAUUUUGAGAAAUUAUUUAAAGAUCUAAAACCAAAUUCAGUUUAAGAAUUAUAUUUUUAAAGUCUUCUUAGAUUAGAUCCACAUAUAGCAAGACAAUAACCAUAAUUAGAUGAACCAAUUUAGAAUAUUAAUUAAUAAAUACAUCUAUAUUUUGAAUAACAAACAGUGAAAUUAUAAGAAAUGGUAUUGUUAGAAAAAGAAUUAAAAAUGAUGAAAGAAUUAGAAGAAUUAUAAGUAAGUUAAGAGAGUACUUAAAUAUAAAAUGCUUCUAUAGAAUUAGAAUAAUAAAAAGGAAUGGAAAUUGAAAAAUAAAAUAUAGAAGAAAUAUGUAAUACAAUAAAAAGGAAAUAUUAGAGAUAAGUCUAAACACCUAAUUGUGAUUAAUGUUUUUGUGGAAAUCAAUUACAUUAUAAGUAAAUAAUGAAAUGUCAUUUAUGUGAAAAACAUUUUCAUGUAAAUUGUUUAGAUAAAAGUUAUGAUGAAAGAUAUGUUAAAAAUUUUACAUGUCCAAGAUGUACUUUAUAUCAUAUGGAUUAAUUUUGUGAAGUUAUUUCUAUUAUUGUAGAACCAUUUUCAUUUAAGAAAACAGGUUUAACUAGUACAAAAACUAUUAAAUUUAAAUCAGAUACUAAUAAAAUUGAUAUCAGAUGUAUUAGAAUGGAUUGUCCAUUAUCAGCAGAAGAAAUUACAUGGCCAGAUUUAGGAGAAUUACAUAUUAAUAAUAAAAAAGUGGCUGAAUUUAUUCCAUUAGCUUAAUAGAGUUGUUAACAUAAACGUAAAGAUGAAAAAUUGAUAUUUACUAUUCCAUAAAAUGAAGAAUGUACUCUAAUGAUUAAAGAAAUUAUACCUGGUAUGGAAUAAAAAAGAAAAUAUAGAAUUUAAGGUGAAUAAUUACAUUAUAUUGCUGUCUACAAAACUAAAUAAUAUAAUGCAAAAUAACUUAUAGAAAAGAUUAUAUUAUCUAGUGAAAAUUGGAUGAGUGUAGAAUAAGCAUAGGAUUUUAUUAUACUUUAGAUGAAUUACAUAUCAUCUACUGGUAUCAAAUAAAUUAAAUAAACUAUUUCUUUAUUGUGUUGUUUAUGUUCUUCUUUAAUGGUUACUCCUGUAAGGGGAAUUUAUUGUAAUCAUAUUUAAUGUUUCUCUCUAGAAAAUUAUUUAAUGAUGCUUGAAUUAUCAAAUCCAAGAAAAUGGAGAUGUCCAAUUUGUAAAGCUAAAUUAUUUAAAUUACAAAUUGAUGCAUUAUAAUAUACAAUCUUAUAAACUAUUAGACAAUAUAAUUUAUAAGAGAAAUAUACAGAAAUAUCAUUUGAUCAUAUGGGAAAUAUUUUGGAUGAUCUCAUUUAAAAAUAUUUAGAUUAUAAUAUAUUACCUGAACAUGUUAAAAUUAGUAAUAAUAGAAUAUUACAAUUAGAAACUUUAAGUAAUUAAAGAAUUGAUAUUGAUAAUGAAAUGGAUGAAUUAGAAUAAUUAAAUAAUAGAUCAUUAAAUCCUAAUUCAAUUGUUAUAAUAAAUUAUUAAAUAAUAUUAUAAUCAUGCUAAUCCUAAUCUUAAUUUCAUAUACUUAUUAAUUAAGUUCUGAUUGUUAAUUUAGAAGUACCACAGAUUGUUUAGACUUAAAUAUGUUCAAUCUAAAAUACUAAUGUUAAAUAAAGAAUAAUAGAUGUAUUAAAUAAAAAACUUAAUUGGAUAUUUCUAAACUUGAAGGAUUCAUUUAAUUCUAAUACAAAACAUAAAAAGAAAGAUUAGAAGCUAGGAAAGCUGUACAAAAAAGAAGAUCAAAAGUUAUCAAAAAUAGAUUUUAAGAUGAAGACUCUGAAUAAUAUAUUGGAGUCUCCUUAUCUAUAUCUAAUUCUUAUAGUGGAGAACUAUUUGAUAACUUUGAUAAUGAUAGUAGUUUUUCAGAUGGUAUUAAAAAUAAUUGAUUCUAUAUAUCAUAGAUUAUCCAACUUUUGAAGAUGAAGAAAGUAGUUUAGAAAUUGAAUUAGUUUCCAAUAACCCUAUUCCAGAAUAGCCACCAAAUUUUACUAUAGAACGUAUCUUUAGUGAAAAAUAAGUUAUUAAUUUAUUUUGUAUAUUAUUGUAUUUNUUAAAUUUAAAUCAGAUACUAAUAAAAUUGA